UGUUUUUUGUAACAUGCAGAGGGUGACGAAUUUCCUGUACUUCAGUUCAAGGUCUCAAAGCUGCAAAAGCAAGUCCGGGAGAUGCGUAGAUUCAUGAGAGGCCUCAUUCAGUUACAGGUCGAGCAAUACGAGCCGGCGACAAUCCUGAUCCAGGCUUGGUGGAGAGGGUGUUUGGUCCGCCGGGAGUUGAAGAGGCAAAUGGUGUUUUCAUGGCAUAGGAAUCCAAAGCGGAAUGUCAAGCCGACCAAAUACUUAACCAGGGCCGAACUUCACCAGAGCUGCGAGCGAAUCAGCACUCCAAAGGCAUCACUUCUUGUCAUGGAGGAGUUGGGUGCCGAUAAGGAAACAAUAGCUGCUGUCAAACUUCAGGCAGUCUUUAGAAGCUAUCUUGUCCGGCGGCGGAUUCGAGCAUACCGAGAAGGCAUGAGGGCAGCCACAGUAAUUCAAGCAACGUGGCGCGGAUAUCGCACUCGGAACCUCGAUACACGUUUAGGAGUUGAACAGCUCCGCUUCAGGAACCUGAAAAUUCAAAAGGCAUUCGGGCGUGUGUCCAUCAAGCUGCAGUAUCUUCAAGGCCGGAUUCUCGCGUUAGAGGAAAACAGUCUACCAAUGCACGAGGCGCAAGAGGAGAUUCACAAGGAGCUUGAAGAUAUGGCCGAUCAGAUGGACGUGUUAAAACAAGAUCUGGAGCAGGGUUUGAAACAGUUGGACGAACAGGUUUCUGAAGAAAGAGAGCAGACGACCAUUGAGCUUCGUGCCCUCACCGACCGGAUCCAAAGACUGGAAGAUGAGCUGAAGUCUGUUCGCAGCUCAAACACCAGGUAAGUGCAACUUGCCAGCAAGCAGGACCAUAGUGCGACCAGAUCACGCGUCUGGCAUUGACAGUUAAUUUACUCCGCAAUUUGAUCUAGCAUCGAAAAGCAAGUGAGGUCCUUGACACUCGAGUUACC